AUGACCCUGUUUAAUACCGCCAACGCCUCGCCCGAACCGAUGAUACCGGCGCUGUCAUCGCCUCAACCCCAUCACCAUAUGCUGCCCUCAACGGGGCGGCCAUCAUCAAAGCACACGGGACCGCUGUCGCCGCAGAUACUAGCGCAAGCGCCGCUAUCGCCUCAGCCUCGAGUAUUCAGUCGUCACCGCCACCAGGCAGCGGCAGCAGCGCAGGAUCCCGAUGCUCUUGAUGAGGCGGUAACGCCAGCGGAACUUGCCAAUCAGCGAUGGGCAGCGACAAAGAAGGCUCGUCGGCGUCAACAGUCUACGACUUCAAACGUGUUUGACCCUGAUUACCUCGAGAUGGGGAUUACUCCGGCUGACUUAUACCAUCUUAAUGCUGAAGCCCAGCGCCAUGAUCGUCUAGAUCGCGGUUGGGGCGAUCGCCGUCGCGACCGGCGAGGUCCCCACCCACUUCCUACAGAGUAUGACCAAUAUCAUGAAUAUGGCGACGAUCGACAUCGUGGCUUCGAUAGCGGCGACCGAGUGGUGCUGCAACCGCGAGGGAUUACCUCUGGGGUUCGUGUCUCGAGCCAGGGUAGCCAUCUUGACCCUACAGCGCCCGAUUAUGACGCCUAUGGCGACGACGCGGCGCCGCUGCUGAAGCGCACCUGGCUGGGGUACUAUAUCAACCAGAAAGAACGCUACGAUGCCGCCAAUGACGUCAAGCCCUACAUGUACACCCACAAGACGUUACGGGAAGUGUUCCACAACAAACAGGAGCCCAACUCCCACUACAACCCGAUGGAGUACGUAUUUGACCACAAAGACCCGGGCAAAGUGAAGCGGGCAGUGGACACCGUCAAGCACAAGUUGGGCAAGGACAACUACAAGAACUAUGACUACUUUGAGAUGCGCCGCGCCCAGAUCAAGCAGCAGGACGAGGCGGCGCGAUUAGCUGCGGAAGAACAGCGGAAACAGGAAGAACGUGACUUCCAAGACGCCAUGACGCGCACCCCGCUGCCGCUGGCCGCGGCGGCGGCUCUCGCUAUGAGUGUCAGCGGCGGUGGUGGUAAUGGUGGGGUAGAUGAUGAGGGGGCUGGUGCACACGAGCCCGGGGCUGAUCCCGCGGCCGCGGUUGACGCAAUUUACAAUACUGGUCACGAGCGCAAGCCCAACUCAUUUAAGAAUUUUGUCAACAAAUUCAAAGUGGCUAAGUGGGAAAACACGGCUUGGGACCAAAGCGGCGACGAUCGGCAUGUGAAAACGACCACCGACGACAUCUUCGACAACCCCGAACCCAACCAACGGCUGCUGACACCGCAAUCGUCGGAACGACCUGCCCACCCCCAGGCUUCGUCGUCGUCAACUCUAUCCCACCUUGCAACCACCUCCGCAGCGGCUGCAGGAGAAUUGUCUCGGUGCAGUACCCCCCCUGGCGUCAGUGAUCAGCCUUCCACUUCCCCCACAAAGGCAUCAGCUACCGUCGACCCCAGCGAGGUUUCCAAAGCCCGUUCCGCUCACGCCCCCAGCGUUAUACCCCGUCCCGACCUCGAGUCGAUCGCCACCGAAUACACCUGUGCCACCACCACUGCGAACGCCUCGCCGUCCCUGAGCCUAGGCGACAACAGUGACGCCGACGAUCCCUUAGACCCGCUUCCUGAAGACGGCUCUUGUGACCUUAGUGGCGACCCGCUAACUGAAACAACCGCCACCCCGACCCCGCCCGUGGUUGUUUCAACUACCCCGCAUCGACCCAGUUAUAAACCUCAGAUCAUGGCUAAAUGGCCUCGCGGCACCCUGUGGGGGGAUGACGAACCCCCUGCCCCCAAACCAAGGAAGCCUUUGUUUGGCAAGUUAAAGCUUAAGUCCAACUCCAACACCAAGUGGGGUGGCGGCGGCGGCGCCGCUAAAGCGCCGCUGAUCCGCCUGGCAGCGCCGGGCCUGGUUCGCCUGGUGCGUACCAGAGGCGCCUCCACCGUGAUCACCGUCGACGCCGACGGCCAUCUGCAUGUGUCUAGAGAGUUAGUGCUCAAUCCUCACACCAACGAAUUGGAACCGCCGACGCUGAUGUCGCUGAUGUUGCACGGGGAACCACCCACUGCCGGUCCCGCUGUUGCUGGCGGCGGCGGCGGCGGCGGCGUGUAUGCCCUUGUCCAGACGAAAUUGGGCCCAUUAUUGGAGAAAAUGCCAGCGGUCAACAACGGUAUUGCCACUGCUCGAGGCGCUGUUGGCCCCGUCGUGACUUCGGUGGGACCAUACGUACAACAAGCGCACCCGACCAACUUCACCAAUCGUUUGCGACUGUUUGAGUUAUUUCAAAAAGCAUUUAGACCCUUGGAUGAUAUCGCCGCGCGUUACCCAAUUUUGACAUUACCUAUCCACAUCCUCGAGUGUUUCUUCUUCUUGUGGAUGAUGUGGGAAGCGUCGAAAUUAUUGGACAUUUUGUACCGGAUAGUGAAGAUUGUGUUGCUGCCGUUCCAUGUUUUGGGCCAGGUUGUCUACAAAGGUUAA